CUUCGUCCGUCAUUUUAGCGCUUUAUUUCUGUAUUUCUAAUUUGUUUAUUUUCUCAGACCUCCGACGACAAUGCUGGCCGCUCGCUCCCCUCUCGCCAAGAAGAAUGAAAACGUCCUCAGCGCCCAGAUCAGCGGCUUGUCCCUCAAAGUGAACAAAGAGAACACGCCUCCCAGUCUGAACGCCUCCCGGAUUCUGGCGUCGAAAACGGCGCGGAAAAUCUUCGACGACCCGACGCCCAAAUCACCGAAGAAAGACAACACAGAGGAGGAGCCACUCCUUAAGGAGAACACCAGGCGCUUCGUUAUCUUUCCUAUCCAGUAUCAUGACAUCUGGCAGAUGUACAAAAAGGCCGAGGCCUCUUUCUGGACUGCUGAGGAGGUUGACCUGUCAAAGGACUUGCUGCACUGGGAGUCACUGAAGGAUGAGGAGAGGUUCUUUAUCUCUCAUGUGUUGGCCUUCUUUGCUGCCAGUGAUGGCAUUGUCAAUGAAAACCUGGUGGAGCGCUUCACACAGGAAGUGCAGGUGACAGAGGCCCGGUGCUUUUAUGGCUUCCAGAUUGCCAUGGAGAACAUCCACUCUGAGAUGUACAGCCUGCUCAUCGACACCUACAUAAAAGACCCCAAAGAGAGGGAGUACCUGUUCAAUGCUAUUGAGACUCUGCCUUGUGUGAAGAAGAAGGCCGACUGGGCAAUCAACUGGAUCGGCAACAAAAAAGCUAAUUAUGGAGAGCGUGUGGUGGCCUUUGCUGCAGUUGAAGGCAUCUUCUUCUCUGGUUCCUUUGCUGCCAUCUUCUGGCUGAAGAAGAGGGGCCUCAUGCCCGGUCUGACCUUCUCGAAUGAGCUCAUCAGCAGAGAUGAGGGCCUUCACUGUGACUUUGCCUGCCUCAUGUUCAAACACCUGGUGAACAAGCCUUCUGAGGAGAAUGUGAAAAACAUCAUUAAGAACGCUGUGGCGAUCGAACAGGAGUUUCUGACCCAGGCCCUGCCUGUGAAGCUGAUCGGGAUGAACUGCGACCUCAUGAAGCAGUACAUCGAGUUUGUAGCUGACAGACUGAUGCUGGAACUCGGUUUUGACAAGAUCUACAAAGUGGAGAACCCCUUUGAUUUCAUGGAGAACAUCUCUCUCGAGGGGAAGACCAACUUCUUUGAGAAGCGCGUUGGAGAGUACCAGAGGAUGGGGGUGAUGUCUGGUGCUACAGACAACACCUUCAGGCUAGAUGCUGACUUUUGAGGGGCGCCAGGACCUUGGGGCGGGGGUUAAUAAAAUUGAACACUUGAAGGGGAUGGCAGCCCAUUGUAUCCAUUUGGCCCAUCCUCCAGUGCUCCUCAUCAGAUGAAGUCUUACAUCUGGUUACCAUUUGGUGGCAGCCAUUUUGUGCCACUCUGAGACAGGUUUUUAGUUGGUACGAAAUGGUGUAAGCAAAGCCAAGAUGUGGGCUUGUCAACGGGAGGAAUACUUUUUCUAUCAGCUAAAUGCUACAAAUCACUGUUUUUACUUUAUUCUCUCAAAGCAUUUCACAGAAGCAGGACCUUUUAACCAGUGGCUGGCGAUGGAGACUAACUGAAACGGCAACGGCUCAAAUAUUCGGUCUUAACAGUAAUGCUACUAUCUUGUAAAUGACUUCUUUUUUUUUUUAGCAUGUCUGUUACCUGUUUUGAUAUACAUAGUUGUUUUUUUUCUCUAAGACCAUCUUUGUAAUUAAAGUUUUAUUAU